ACACAAGAAGAAGAAGAAGAAAUUUACUUGGACGGAGCUUCUUUGGGGUAGAGGGAUCAGCGUGGGAAAGAGAGAAGCUCUUUGUAAUGUGGUGGGGAUGACUGCUUUAGGGCUAUCCCGUUUCCUGAAGUCAGUCUGGCAAGAAGCCUUUUGUCUUUCAAGCACCACAGGUCCCCCUAAGCUUGCCUGUGACUGAGGGCUGUCCCCAGACUGGGAUAGCUCUGCACUAAGCAGCCCCUGAGCAGUCUUUGGGAAAGAACAGCUGCAUCCCUAACCCCUACCCUUACUCCAGCAGGCACUUCUUGAGAGCCCACCUGUGGAUGGGACAUGUAUGUAAGAAGGAGCCAGGACCCUCUUGUCACACCCUAUUCUUAACAAGAAAAGAGGAACUGAGACCAGAACUGGGGAUCACCUGCGAGGAGAGGAGUUUGGCAUGUCUCAUGAAUCAUCAGAGGACUUGUUUCAUUUCAACGUAGGGGGCUGGCAUUUCUCGGUUCCCAGAAGCAAACUCUCUCAGUUUCCAGACUCCCUGCUGUGGAAAGAGGCUUCAGCCUUGACUUCUUCAGAAAGCCAGAGGCUAUUUAUUGACAGAGAUGGUUCCACAUUUAGGCACGUCCACUAUUACCUCUACACCUCCAAACUCUCCUUCUCCAGUUGUGCAGAACUGAACUUGCUGUAUGAGCAAGCAUUGGGUUUGCAGCUGAUGCCUUUGCUGCAGACUCUAGAUAAUCUGAAGGAAGGGAAACACCAUCUACGCGUGCGGCCUGCAGACAUACCUGUUGCUGAGAGAGCAUCUCUGAACUAUUGGCGUACAUGGAAGUGUAUUAGCAAACCCUCAGAAUUUCCAAUCAAAAGCCCAGCCUUUACAGGCCUACAUGAUAAGGCACCUCUGGGGCUCAUGGACACACCCCUGUUAGACACAGAAGAGGAGGUGCACUACUGCUUCCUGCCCCUAGACCUGGUGGCCAAGUAUCCCAGCCUAGUGACUGAAGACAACCUGCUGUGGCUGGCUGAGACGGUGGCCCUCAUCGAGUGCGAGUGCAGCGAGUUCCGCUUCAUUGUGAAUUUUCUUCGCUCACAGAAGAUUUUACUACCGGAUAAUUUCUCCAACAUUGAUGUAUUAGAAGCAGAAGUGGAAAUUCUGGAAAUCCCUGCACUCACUGAAGCCAUAAGGUGGUACCGGAUGAACAUGGGUGGCUGUUCCCGGACCACCUGUCCUCCCCUGAGCCCCGGGAAGGGGGCCCGCACAGUCAGCCUGGAGUCUGUGAAGCCGCUCUACACGAUGGCCCUGGGUCUGCUGGUCAAGUACCCGGACUCUGCGCUGGGCCAGCUUCGCAUCGAGAGCACGCUAGACGGAAGCCGACUGUACAUCACAGGGAACGGCGUCCUCUUUCGGCAUGUCAAGAACUGGCUGGGGACUUGCCGGCUGCCCCUGACAGAGACCAUUUCCGAGGUAUACGAGCUCUGUGCCUUCCUGGACAAAAGGGACAUCACCUACGAGCCAAUGAAAGUGGCUUUGAAGACUCAUCUGGAGCCGAGGACUUUGGCACCCAUGGAUGUGCUCAAUAAGUGGACAGCAGAGAUCACUGUGUAUUCCCCACAACAGAUCAUCAAAGUGUAUGUUGGAAGCCACUGGUAUGCAACCACCCUGCAGACACUGCUGAAGUAUCCAGAACUGCUGUCCAACCCUCAGAGAGUGUACUGGAUCACAUAUGGACAAACCCUGCUCAUCCACGGGGAUGGCCAGAUGUUCCGACACAUUCUCAACUUCCUGAGACUUGGCAAACUCUUUUUACCAUCUGAAUUUAAGGAAUGGCCCCUCUUCUGCCAGGAGGUGGAGGAAUACCACAUUCCAUCCCUCUCAGAAGCCCUUGCACAAUGUGAAGCAUACAAGUCAUGGACUCAGGAGAAAGAAUCUGAAAAUGAAGAAGCUUUUCCCAUCAGGAGGCUGCACGUGGUGACAGAAGGGCCAGGGUCACUGGCAGAGUUCAGUAGAGACACUAAAGAAACCACAGCCUACAUGCCUGUGGACUUUGAAGACUGCAGUGACAGGGUUCCAUGGAACAAGGCUAAGGGAAACCUGGCCAGGUCCAACCAGAUGGAGGAGGCUGAGCAGUACACCCGGCCCAUCCAGGUGUCCCUAUGCCGAAAUGCCAAGAGGGCUGGCAACCCCAGCACAUACUCACACUGCCCUGGCUUGUGUACCAACCCCGGACACUGGGGGAACCACCCUGAGAGCCCCCCAAAGAAGAAAUGCACCACAAUCAACCUCACACAGAAAUCUGAAACCAAAGACCCUCCCGCCACUCCCAUGCAAAAACUCAUCUCCCUGGUGAGAGAAUGGGACAUGGUCAAUUGCAAACAGUGGGAAUUCCAGCCACUGACAGCCUCCCGGAGCAGCCCCUUGGAGGAGGCCACCCUGCAGCUCCCCUUGGGAAGUGAGGCUGCUUCCCAGCCCAGCCCCUCAGCUGCCUGGAAAGUCCAUUCCACAGCCUCAGACAAGGAUCCAGGACCACAGGCAGGGGCUGGAGCUGGACCGAAAGACAAGGGGCCAGAGCCAACCUUCAAGCCAUACUUCCCCCAAAAAAGACCCAUCACCCUGAAGGACUGGAGCAAGCAGAGGACCAAGGAGAGAGAAAUCCCUGCCCCUGAGCAGCCUCUGCCUGAGGCCAGUGAGGUGGACAGCCUAGGGGUUAUCCUCAAAGUGACUCACCCCCCUGUGGUGGGCAACGAUGGCUUCUGCAUGUUCUUUGAGGACAGCAUCAUCUACACCACGCAUAUGGACAACCUCAGGCAUACACCACCCACAGCCAGCCCCCAGCCCCAAGAAGUGACUUUCCUGAGUUUCUCUCUGUCCUGGGAAGAGAUGUUUUAUGCACAGAAAUGUCACUGCUUCCUGGCUGACAUCAUCCUGGAUUCCAUCAGGCAAAAGGACCCCAAAGCCAUCACAGCCAAGGUGGUCUCCCUGGCCAACCAGUUGUGGACCCUGCACAUCAGCCCCAAGCAGUUUGUGGUAGAUUUGCUGGCCAUCACCGGCUUCAAGGACGACCGGCACACCCAGGAGCGCCUGUACAGCUGGGUGGAGGUGAGGGUCACUUGCAACCCCUGGAAAUCCACUGACCCUGUGGAUGCCUCAGAUGGACAUGUGUCUUGCUGCACCAGGGCUGGGUCAGUACUGCCCAGAAAGCUAGACAGGCAUCUUAGGCCACUGCUCCCAGGGAGGGAGAAACUGGAUGAAAUUAACCAAUCCAGAGUAGUCCAAAAGCAGUAUUCAGGUCACCGGUUUUUAUAGUUUUCCUCUAAUGAUACCAACUGCCUUCAUCACUAACAACCCUGGCCACACUUAGGUACACAUAUCAUACGAGCCCAAGCUUUGACUCAUAUGGGAGUCAGGCCUUUUCAACCAGUGAUAGCAGCUUCACCUAUCUGGCCAUGAUGUCACCAUUUGUGUACAUUCCUUUCAUAUUUAAACUACUUUUAAGCAUUCUUUACAAAGAAAAAGAAAAUGUUCAGUAAGGGCAAAGGAAUGAUCAAAGGUUUUUUUGUUGUUGUUUUUUUUUUUUCCUUUUCUGAUUCCUUAAUCUAAUUUUAACAUUGAGGUGGAAACGAUUUAGGCAGUUUCUCAUUGAUCUGACACUUCUAUAAUCAAGAGCAUUAUUAUAACACCUUUCACCAUAAGCCCUCUAGUACCCAGUUACCAUUAGGCAUCUGGCUCAUAUGUGGUUUGUAAAGGGGAAGUCAGCAUGUGUGGCUAGAAAGUGGAAAACUGGUAGCAGGAAACAUGUUUUUGACCCUCCAGUCUUUCUGCUUAGUUCCCUGAUAGCCAUUUCUAGCCCCACCCUGUGAGAUGCCCUUGGGCAGAGCUGGGCCAUAGAGCAUCAAAAGUCCUCUACAGCUGGGCUUGCCCUGUCCCUGCCCCGAUGGGAGAACCCCACCCACAAGGAGCUAGAGUAGGCAACUGGCCAGGAAAUCAGGGAUAAGACUGGCCUUUCCUUCCAGCUUACACUGCCCUUCGCCAGGAAAUAUGGCCGCUGCAUGGACCUGCUCAUCCAGAGGGGCCUGUCUAGGUCUGUCUCGUACUCCAUCCUGGGAAAGUACCUACAAGAGGACUA